AUGAAAUCCCGCAGGGACAAGCUGCACAUCCCGGCGCUGACCCUCGAUCUGUCUCCAAGCAGCCUGAGCCCGUCCCUGCUGAGCCCCAGCAGCCCCUGCAGCCCUUGUAGCCCCUCCCUGGGCCUGCACCCCUGGAGCUGCCGCAGUGGGAACCGUAAGAGCUUGGUGGUAGGAACACCCUCGCCAACCCUUUCCCGGCCCCUGUCACCGCUUUCAGUCCCAACGGGCAGCAGUCCCCUGGAUAGCCCUCGGAACUUCUCUGCUGCAUCGGCUGUCAACUUCCCUUUUGCCCGGAGCCACAUCCCGCACAUGGACAGGGCAGAUGGCAGAAGAUGGUCUCUUGCAUCUCUCCCGUCUUCUGGCUAUGGAACCAACACACCCAGCUCCACCGUCUCGUCGAGCUCAUCUUCCCGGGAGCGCCUCCACCAGCUUCCCUUCCAACCCACGCCGGACGAGCUGUGCUUCCUGUCCAAGCACUUCCGCAGCUCAGAGAGUGUGGCUGACGAGGAGGGUGGCGGCCGGUCACCCCGCCUUCGUCCCCGCUCCCGCAGCCUCAGCCCGGGACGCACAACAGGGACCUUCGACAAUGAGAUCGUCAUGAUGAAUCAUGUGUACCGGGAGAGGUUCCCCAAGGCCACGGCACAGAUGGAGGGCCGUCUGCAGGAGUUCCUGGCAGCCUCUGCGCCUGGGGCCCGGCUGGCGCUGGCAGACGGCGUCCUGGGCUUCAUCCACCACCAGAUCGUUGAGCUGGCCCGAGACUGUCUAGCCAAGUCGGGCGAGGCUCUCAUCACCUCCCGCUACUUCCUGGAGAUGCAGGAGAAGCUGGAGCGGCUGCUGCAGGACGCCCACGAGCGCUCAGACAGCGAGGAAGUCGGCUUUAUCAUCCAGCUUGUCCGGAAACUGCUGAUCAUCAUCUCGCGGCCGGCACGGCUCCUCGAGUGUCUGGAAUUCGACCCCGAGGAGUUUUACCACCUGCUGGAGGCGGCCGAGGGCCAGGCCCGGGAGGGCCAAGGCAUCAAGACGGACCUGCCACAGUACAUCAUCGGGCAGCUGGGCCUGACUAAGGACCCCCUUGAGGAGGUGGUGCCGCUGAGUCACCUUGAUGAAGGACAGCCCCCAGCCCCCGAAUCCCCAGAGAGCCGUGCCCUGGUCGGCCCGUCACGGAGGAAGCCAUGUGAGAGCGACUUUGAGACCAUCAAGCUCAUUAGCAACGGGGCCUACGGGGCUGUCUACCUAGUGCGGCACCGAGACACACGGCAGCGCUUCGCCAUCAAGAAGAUUAAUAAACAGAACCUGAUCCUGCGCAACCAGAUCCAGCAGGUCUUUGUGGAGCGUGACAUCCUCACCUUCGCUGAAAACCCCUUUGUGGUCAGCAUGUUCUGCUCCUUUGAGACCCGGCGCCACUUGUGUAUGGUCAUGGAGUACGUGGAAGGUGGUGACUGCGCCACGCUCUUGAAGAACAUGGGCCCGCUGCCCGUGGACAUGGCCCGCAUGUACUUCGCUGAGACGGUGCUGGCGCUGGAGUACCUGCACAACUACGGCAUCGUGCACCGCGACCUCAAGCCAGACAACCUGCUUAUCACCUCCCUCGGCCACAUCAAGCUGACCGACUUCGGCCUGUCCAAGAUCGGACUCAUGAGCAUGGCCACCAACCUCUACGAGGGCCACAUCGAGAAGGACGCCAGGGAGUUUGUGGACAAGCAGGUGUGCGGGACACCUGAGUAUAUCGCCCCGGAGGUGAUCUUCCGCCAGGGCUAUGGGAAGCCGGUCGACUGGUGGGCCAUGGGCGUCGUCCUCUAUGAGUUCCUGGUGGGCUGCGUGCCUUUCUUCGGAGAUACCCCUGAGGAGCUCUUUGGCCAGGUGGUCAGCGAUGAGAUCAUGUGGCCAGAGGGGGACGAGGCCCUUCCAGCUGAUGCCCAGGACCUCAUCACCAGACUACUCCGGCAAAGCCCACUGGACCGUCUGGGCACUGGUGGCACCCACGAGGUGAAGCAGCACCCCUUCUUCUGGGCCCUGGACUGGGCAGGGCUCCUGCGACACAAAGCUGAGUUCGUGCCGCAGCUCGAAGCCGAGGAUGACACCAGCUACUUCGACACACGUUCGGAACGCUACCGCCACCUGGGCUCUGAGGACGAUGAGACCAAUGAUGAGGAGUCGUCCACGGAGAUCCCCCAGUUCUCGUCCUGCUCCCACCGGUUCAGUAAGGUCUACAGCAGCUCUGAGUUUCUGGCCGUCCAGACCACCCCUACCUUUGCAGAAAGGAGCUUCAGUGAGGACCGGGAGGAAGGGUGGGAGCGCAGCAGUGAGGGAGAGUGUGGCCGCCGAAUGAGCACCGAGAUCCGGCUAAGGUCCUGGACAUCCUCUGGUUCCUCCUGUCACUCAUCUUCAUCCCAGCCUGAGCGGGGCCCCAGCCCGUCUCUCUUGAGCAACGUCAGCCUGGACACGAUGCCCAAGUUUGCCUUCUCAUCAGAGGAUGAGGGGGCAGGCCCUGCCCCUGUUGGCCCUAAGAGGCCUGUCUUCAUUCUAGGGGAGCCUGACCCACCCUCAGUGGCCACACCAGUGAUGCCCAAGCCCUCGAGCCUUUCUGCUGACACAGCUGCCCUCAGCCACGCCCGCCUCCGAAGUAACAGCAUUGGCGCCCGACACUCCACACCUCGGCCCCUGGAUGCUGGCCGUGGCCGCCACCUUGGGGGCCCAAGAGACCCAGCCCCUGAGAAGCCCAGGGCCUCCUCUAGCAGUGGUGGUGGUGGCGGGAGCCGUGUACCCAAGUCAGCCUCCGUCUCUGCCCUGUCCCUCAUCAUCACGGCAGAUGACGGCAGCGGGGGCCCCCUCAUGAGCCCCCUGUCCCCACGCUCGCUAUCCUCGAACCCGUCGUCCCGCGACUCCUCGCCGAGCCGAGACCCGUCCCCUGUGUGCAGCAGCCUGCGGCCCCCCAUUGUCAUCCACAGCUCAGGCAAGAAGUACGGCUUCAGCCUUCGGGCGAUCCGCGUCUACAUGGGCGACAGCGACGUCUACACUGUGCACCACGUUGUCUGGAGCGUGGAGGAGGGAAGCCCUGCCCAGGAGGCUGGCCUGCGAGCCGGGGACCUCAUCACCCACAUCAAUGGGGAGUCGGUACUUGGGCUGGUGCACAUGGAUGUCGUUGAGUUGCUGCUAAAGAGCGGCAACAAGAUAUCACUGCGGACCACAGCCCUGGAGAACACGUCCAUCAAGGUGGGCCCUGCCCGGAAGAACAUGGCCAAGGGCCGCAUGGCACGUAGGAGCAAGCGCAGCCGCCGGCGGGAGACCCAGGACCGGCGGAAAUCCCUCUUCAAGAAGAUCUCAAAGCAGUCCUCUGUGCUGCACACCAGCCGCAGCUUCUCCUCUGGCCUCCACCACUCGCUGUCCUCCAGCGAAAGCCUCCCCGGCUCACCCACCCACAGCCUAUCCCCCAGCCCCACCACGCCCUGCCGCAGCCCAGCCCCUGACGCCCCAGCAGACACUGCAUCCCCACCCAGUGCAUCCCCGAGUUCCAGCAGCCCUGCCUCUCCGGCCGCCACUGGCCAUACGCGCCCCAGCUCCCUGCAUGGCCUGGCCGCCAAGCUUGGGCCACCCCGCCCCAAGGCCGGCCGCCGCAAGUCCACCAGCAGUAUCCCACCCUCCCCGCUGGCCUGCCCUCCAGUGCCUGCACCGCCACCCCGCUCACCCUCGCCCCUGCCUGGGCACCCACCCACAGCCACCCGAUCGCCACGGCUGCGCCGGGGCCAGUCAGCUGACAAGCUGGGCACAGGUGAGCGGUUGGACGGGGAGCCAGGGCGCCGCAGCCGUGGGCCAGACUCCGAGCUGGUGGUCAUGAGGCGGUUACACCUGUCUGAGCGCCGAGACUCCUUCAAGAAGCAGGAGGCCGUGCAGGAGGUGAGCUUUGAUGAACCACCUGAGGAGGGUACUGGGCCACCCACGUCAGUGCCACAGAUUGCUGUGGAGGGCGCCGAAACCAUCCCAGGAGCCCUCGGACCUGCUGGAAAAGACUGA